CUGUAUCAUAUCCUUCUAGCGUUCCACAUUUCAGCCAUCAAAUUGGCCUCCUUAAAUUUCCUACAAAGCUAAAUGGACUCAAAACCACAUCGCCUUCAUAUCUUGUUCUUUCCACACUUGGCUUAUGGACAUUUGAUCCCAACGAUGGACAUGGCUAGACUAUUUGCAAGGCAAGGUGUGAAAGCCACCAUUGUCACCACUCAACUUAAUGCUCCUUUGUUCUCUCAAAUAAUUGAAAGAGAAAGGAAGUUGGGUGUUGAGAUCGAUAUUCGAAUAAUAAAGUUCCCUUCCAUGGAUGCUGGCCUGCCCGACGGAUGUGAGAACAUAAGUUCCAUUACUUCACAAGAAAUGGGCCUUAAAUUCAUCAAGGCUCUUAGCUUGCUUCAACAACCCCUUCAACAAAUGCUUCAAGACUGCCACCCCAAUUGCCUGGUGGCAGAUGCAAUGUUUCCAUGGGCCACAGAAGUUGCAGGGAAGCUGAAGAUUCCAAGGCUAGUUUUUCAUGGGACAAGCUAUUUUGCCCUCAGUGUCGUUGAUAGCUUACUGCGCUAUGAGCCUCAGAAAAAUAUAACAUCUGAUUAUCAACCCUUUGAAGUGCCUGGAAUUCCAGACAAGAUAAAGAUGACAAGACUGCAACAACCAGUUGAACUUAGAGAAUCAAGUGUGUAUGAUGAAAUAAAAAAGUUGAUGAAUCAAGCCUUCGAAUCUGAGAUUACAAGCUACGGAGCUGUCAUGAACAGUUUUCAAGAGCUGGAACCAGCUUAUGUAGAACACUACAAGAAGGUUAUGAGAAGAAAGACAUGGCACAUAGGCCCACUUUCUCUCUGCAACAGCAACACAGACGAUAAAGCAGAAAGAGGAAAUGCUGCCUCAGUUGACACAAUUGAGUGCUUAAGAUGGCUAGACUCAAAGAAACACAAAUCAGUUCUCUAUAUAUGUUUUGGAAGUGUGUCCUGGUUUUCAGCUGCUCAGCUUUAUGAGAUUGCUAUGGGUCUGGAAGCUUCUGGACAGGAUUUCAUUUGGGUUGUAAGGAAGGUGAAUAACGAAGGCAAAGAAGAGUGGUUACCGGAAGGAUUUGAAGAACGGAUGGAAGGGAGGGGUUUGAUUAUAAGGGGAUGGGCACCUCAAGUUCUGAUUCUUGAUCAUGAAGCUAUAGGAGGCUUUAUGACUCAUUGUGGAUGGAAUUCGACACUGGAGAGUAUCACUGCUGGAGUGCCAAUGGUCACAUGGCCACUUAGUAAUGAGCAGUUCUGUAAUGAAAGGCUCGUAACAGAGAUACUAAGAAUAGGGGUUGGAGUUGGAGCCCAAGAAUGGUGUAGAUGGAUGGAAGAUAAGAAGUUCUUAGUGAUAAAAGAAAACAUAACAAAGGCAGUGACUCAGCUGAUGGUUGGUGAAGAAGCUAAUGAAAUAAGAAACAGAGCAAGUGCACUGAAAGAGAUGGCAAAGAGGGCUGUUGAAGAAGGUGGGUCGUCUCACUCUGAUUUGAACGCUUUGUUAGAUGAAUUGAGAUUGAAGAGCCCUCGAGUAGAGCAAUGAGAAAUCCAUUAAAGAAAGACUAAAGACAACAAGAAGUUCAUGCCUCAAGCUCAAGAUAUUGUAUGAAAAUAAAUAAUGAUAAAGAAUUCCACAAACCUUGUCCUUGUAUUUCUUUUUAG